UCGGCCAGGUCUCACCGUCUCGGCAUCCUAAGGAGGGAAGAGCUGCUUUGCAGCUUUGCUUGCUCGUCCAAAGGGAAGACGAGCUGAGGAGCGUGAGGCUGUGCCUGAGCACAAACCUGCGCAUAUCCCGGCUUCUCCCCAAGUCCACAAGCUGAAGCUCGAGCGAGUUUACUAAUGUCUGGAUAUGGGGAAAUUCACAUCUGAUGGCAGCAACGAGCAUACAGAGAUCUACCUGUCAUUGGGUUUGACAGUACCCCAGUCAAAGAAAAAAGAUGCUGAAUACCCCAAGGUUCUGUUGCUUCUAGCGACUUAUCUUGAUAGAGUGGUUCAGAAGAAUGAAGAUUUACUAGAUUCAAAUGAAAUAAAGAAUUCAAGCACUAUUUUUCAUGGUCAGAGGGCUCCAGAUCUUAGUAUUAAGCUUUAUGCAGAGCGCAUUUUCAAGUACUCAGAGUGCAGCCCAUCUUGCUUUGUGUUGGCCCUUAUCUACAUGGAGAGAUACCUGCAGCAGCCACAUGUGUACAUGACAUCCCUUAGUGUUCAUCGCUUGCUAAUUACAUCUGUGGUGGUUGCUGCCAAAUUUACAGAUGAUGCGUUUUUCAACAAUGCAUUCUAUGCUAGAGUUGGGGGAAUUAGCACAGUUGAGAUGAAUCGACUUGAGCUGGAUUUGCUAUUUAAUCUGGAUUUUAGACUGAAAGUGGAUUUAGAUACAUUCGGAAGCUACUGCUUGCAGUUGGAAAAGGAAACAAGGGUUUUUGCACUAGAGAGACCUAUUCAAGUUCAUGGUGUCGAUGGGGCUAAAGAUUUGAGUCGUAACAGUAGCAUUGACGAGUGUUGCAAGAGUGAGCUAAUGCGGGGAAGAUACAACAGUCAGGCUCUCCAAGGAUGUAUUUGACCAAUCCUGCAUCUUCACCAAGGGUUAGGACCACUAGGAAAUUCUUUUGGAGUUUACAGUUGUGCUUCAGAUUAUGUCAAAUUGAUCUGGAGCUUUUUUGGUGAUAGGACCUUUUCUUUUGCUUGUAUUACUGUAAUUCUUUUGAACCACGUUGUUUGAAUAUUCACCAGUUAAUUGAAAGACAAGUGGUCUGAACAUUAUUCAAUUUAGUGAAAACCGAUACUGUAAGAUCAUGAUUUAUUGAUCGUGUUGAAUACAAGUAAUA